CCCUCGCCCUCCACUCAGCCCGGCCGAGCUCAGGGAGCAGCUUGAGAAUGCUGCUCCACCAAGGAUUUGCUCUGCUUACCCUCUGCUGUGUUUUCAGGGCUGCUCUGGCAGUGCUGGAUGAAGAGGAUGACUAUGAUCUUAUGUAUGUCAAUCUGGAUAACGAGAUCGAGGCUCCGGCUCCGGGUACCGAGGAAACUGCUGCCUGUGACUGCCAGCGAGAGCACACCAAGUGGGACAAGCUCUUCAUCAUGCUCGAGAACUCGCAGAUGAAGGAGAACAUGAUGCUGCAGGCUACCCAGGAGAUCCUGAAGGUGGACCUGCAGAUGCUGAAAGCAGAGCUGAGCCAGCUCACCACCAGCCUUGCCAGCACCUUUGCCACCACGCUGGAGAAAGUCACCUCCCAUAUCUUGUCCCAGGUGGAGCAGGUGCUUGUGAGGAGUGAUGACCAAGCUGGAGAAGCCAAAAGGUUUCAGGAGGCUGAGCAAGGAAAGGUUCUUGAGCAGAUCCUGCUGCUGAGCCACAACAUGUCCAGCAGGCUGGGCCGUCUGGAGAGCACCUGGCUAAGGAGGGCUGAGGUGGAAGCUCAGGAGACAGAGCUGCAGCAGGACAAGCUCAGUCCUGCCAGAGCAGACCACCUCCUUUUGAGCUCUCUGUGGAAAGAGCUGCAGCAAACCAGAGCCGAACUGAAGGCGUCGCAGCAGUGGGCAGCCCAGCGCCUUCUGCCAGCAGGGUGUGAAACAGCAAUUCUGUUCCCCAUGCGCUCCAAGAAGAUCUUUGGGAGCGUUCACCCAGCCUCUGGGCUGAGCCUUCCCUCCUUCACCGCCUGUGUCUGGAUCAAGGUGACCGAAGCUCUGGCCAAAACUGUCGUCUUCUCCUACGGCACCAAGCUCAACCCCUACGAACUGCAGCUGUACCUCAGCAGGGACUCUGCAGUGCUCGCUGUUGGGGGUGCCCAGCAGAAGGUGGCCGCCGGGGCUGUGGUGGUCCCCGGGCAGUGGCUCCACCUGUGCGGCUCCUGGAGCUCCCAGAACGGCUCCGCAGCCCUGUGGGUGCAGGGAGAGCUGGCGGCCACCGCCUCCGACCUCGCUGCUGGCCACACCAUUCCAGAGGGAGGGAUUUUGCAGCUGGGGCAGGAAAAGAAUGGCUGCUGUGCUGGGGGGGGCUUCGAUGAAGCUUUGGCCUUCUCUGGGAAGCUGACUGGCUUCAACCUGUGGGACAGAGCCCUCAGCGCCGAGGAGAUCGCGGCACAGAGCAGGGAGGAUGCCUGCAGCAGCAGGGGCAACGUUGUUGGGUGGGGAGUCACAGAGGUGCUGCUGUAUGGAGGAGCUCAGUAUCUCUCUUAAACCCUUAAAGGCAGCUUCUGGAGCAGAGAAGGUGUUUGGUGAAGAGCUGAGAGCAGACAUGUAGAGGAAGCCAAGGCCAGGAGCUUGUGUCCCUCCAACGGCCAGGGAAGGUGAGCGUUGAGAGCUUGUGCCCUGAGGACCUGUGGAGAUGCCCUUUGGUCUCUGCCUGAGGAUUUGGCAAGACACUGAGAACAAAACACAGCAAGGCAUUGGGAAAGCUGUUCCUGGGGUCAGACCACUGCUGACUCCAGCUUGGUGUUCUCUGAUGGACAACAGUGAGCACCACCAGGGACCUUUCAGAGCUGGAGGGCACCCCUGGCAUCCCUGCUGAAGCAAAGAGCCACAGAAAGGCUUGCUUGGAAGAGAACUUGAAGGUCAUCUUGUUCCAACCACCUUGCCAUGGGCAGGGACACCUCCCACCAGACCAGCUCAGGGCCCCAUCCCACCUGGCUGUCAACACUUCCAGGCUCAGAGCCUCCACAGCUUCUCUGGGCAACCUGCCCUGGUGCCUCAGCAUCCUCACGGGGAAGAAUUUCUUCCUGAUGUCCAAUCUUAACUCCAGCUUCUCCCAGUUUGAAGCCAUCAGCCUCCAUUCUGUCACUCCAUGCCUUGGGGAAAGGUUUCUCUCCACCUCCAAGCUGAGCAGCUCUCUCAGUCUGACUUCAUAGGAUAUUUGCUCCAGCCCUCAGCUCACCUUCAUGGCCUCCUCUGGAUAAUUCUUUGGCUUCCUUGGUUGGGCACCUCCUGACCAACCUCUUCAGAACAGAUUGUGCAUCUUCCAGGCUCCUGCAAGGCCUUUGGUUUCCACAGUGCUGAAGUGAGCUGGGCAGAGGAAGCAGAGAGGCCAAGGAAGAUGCUGUCCACUGACCCCUCGUAGUCAUUUGUAGACUCUACCCAAUGUAGUCUCUUGCAGAAAGCUUUUCUUGGCCUGCCACGUGGAAGUGCCAGCAGCUCCCAUCCCCUGGUGGCACCCGGGAGAAGGCACAGCUGUAUGAUAGUGUAAAUGGACUCUGGCAGAGUUUUAUUGAGAUUAUUUUUGUAAAUAAAGACCCUGACCAAA